GUUGAGUCAAUGUGUCCCCCUUUUGUUCCUAGGGUGGGGACUUCAUGGCCUUCUCCUCCAGGAAGGCCCACCUGAUCAUGUCUGGAGUGGGUAUCCAGCCCCCAUAGUUCAGGGCCUACUAGCUGCUAGGUGUAGAACUCCAGGGAUGCCCCACUCCUUGGGAGCUUGGCAUGGGCGAAUUACUCCCCCAUCUGUUAAAUGGGGUCCUGAAACCUGGCCAGGGAAGACAGGAUAAAGUGGCCAUUGGUCAUGGCAGCCCCUUUGAAGCAGGGCCUGGCCACCCAAAGGUAGCGCAGGGGUGGAGACUGAGGCCUCAGGAGAAGCCCCCACUAGAAUCCUCUCUGCCUCUCCCUUCCAGAUUAACCCAAACCUGCUAAUUGUGGUAGCCCUCGGCAUGUUCCCCUCCCCCAGCCUCUUCCUCCCUUCCCUCCCCUCCCCCUUCCAUCCGAAUGAUAAAGGCCCCAGCCCGCCUGCCCCAGCCCGGCCUCAGGCCCCGGCCCUGCCUCCUAUACUGCCCCACUGCCCUGCACCCUCCACCCGGCCAGGCCCCUGCCCACGCUGUCUACCGUCCCGCAUGGGGCCCUGCAGCGGCUCCCGCCUGGGGCCCCCAGAGGCAGAGUCGCCCUCCCAGCCCCCCAAGAGGAGGAAGAAGAGGUACCUGCGACAUGACAAGCCCCCCUACACCUACUUGGCCAUGAUCGCCUUGGUGAUUCAGGCCGCACCCUCCCGCAGACUGAAGCUGGCCCAGAUCAUCCGUCAGGUCCAGGCCGUGUUCCCCUUCUUCAGGGAAGACUACGAGGGCUGGAAAGACUCCAUUCGCCACAACCUUUCCUCCAACCGAUGCUUCCGCAAGGUGCCCAAGGACCCUGCAAAGCCCCAGGCCAAGGGCAACUUCUGGGCGGUCGACGUGAGCCUGAUCCCAGCAGAGGCGCUAAGGCUGCAGAACACAGCCCUGUGCAGACGCUGGCAGAAAGGAGGUGCGCGCGGAGCCUUCGCCAAGGACCUGGGCCCCUACGUGCUGCACGGCCGGCCGUACCGGCCGCCCAGUCCCCCACCACCACCCAGUGAGGGCUUCAGCAUCAAGUCCCUGUUAGGGGGGUCCGGGGAGGGGGCACCCUGGCAGGGGCUAGCUCCACAGAGCAGCCCAGUUCCUGCAGGCACAGGGAACAGUGGGGAGGAGGCAGUGCCCACCCCACCCCUGCCCUCUUCUGAGAGGUCUCUGUGGUCCCUCUGCCCUCUUCCUGGCCCCACGAGAGUAGAGGGGGAGACUUUACAGGGCGGAGACAUCGGGCCCUCGACCCUCUCCCCAGAGCCUAGGGCCUGGCCUCUCCACUUACUGCAGGGCGCCUCAGUUCCUGGGGGGCUGUCCAGUGGGGGACACAGGGCCUCCCUCUGGGGACAGCUGCCCACCUCCUACUUGCCUAUCUACACUCCCAAUGUGGUAAUGCCCUUGGCACCACCACCCACCUCCUGUCCUCAGUGUCCACCAUCAAACAGCCCUGCCUACUGGGGGGUGGCCCCUGAAACCCGAGGGCCCCCAGGGCUGCUCUGGGAUCUAGACGCCCUCUUCCAGGGGGUGCCACCCAACAAAAGUAUCUACGAUGUUUGGGUCAGCCACCCUCGCGACCUGGCGGCCCCUGGCCCAGGCUGGCUGCUCUCCUGGUGCAGCCUGUGAGGCCAGUAAGACAGGGGCCCCUCCUCCCUCCCGCUCCCACCCCCAGCUUGUUGACAGGGAGCCAAGGCCAGGGGGGUGUCUGCGACCCCAGCAGCCUCGAAACACCAGGCAGUAACCUUGCUGGGAGUCCACGGUGUUUAUUGGACUACCCCACGCAUGGCCAUGGCCCAGCUGGGCACAACCCUCACCCUGGUCAGUCAUGCCUCUGUUUCUCCUACACUCAGAGGCAAGGCUGGAGGGGCAGGGCUGAGCCUGGAAUAGCCCUUCCUAGUCCCCUCUUCUCAGCCCACCACCUAUCCAUCACCUCCCCUCCCGUGCUCCAGGCUGGGGGAGGGAGAGCCCUAUGGUGGGUCCAGCCUGAAGUCCUGCCCUCUCUCAUCUGUCUGGGAAGGAGGUAGCACCUUUUUCGGGAAAGGGGUUAGGGAGUAAAGACUGCACCCUACAUGGUCCGGUGGUGGGGAGGAUAACAGUAAAGGAAUUUGCAACGUUUUAA